AUGGCCGACCGCGAACCUCCCUAUGACCCUUAUAUUCCCGCCGCCGGUGGUGCUGGUGCUCCCGGUGGAAGCGCUGCACCCAGCGGAAACCAGAGGACUGCAGCUCUGCAAGCUCAAAUCGACGACACCGUCGGCGUUAUGCGCGAAAACAUCAACAAAGUCUCACAGCGUGGCGAACGUCUUGACUCCCUCCAAGACAAGACCGACAAUCUAGCCGUAUCCGCCCAAGGUUUCCGCCGUGGAGCCAACAGAGUGCGAAAACAGAUGUGGUGGAAGGACAUGAAGAUGCGCGUAUGCUUGGUCAUCGUGGUCAUUAUCUUGAUCAUAGUCAUUGUUGUUCCUGCUGUUGUCGCAACCAAACACUAA